AUGAUAUCCAAAGUAGAAAAGGAUCAACUCAAACAUCGACAUCAAUAUCAUCGCACUAUUGAUCAGGAAUAUGAUGAACCUGAUCAAACUUGUCGGCAAGAGGAGAGGGAACUAGGAUUAAAUAGGGAUAUCGCACAUUUCGAUUCGCAGAGGUCUCAACAAAAGUGCUUGAUGUGUUCUCGACAUCCAUCCGUCCAGCAUUUGCAGUCACAGGCAUACAACAGCACCCAUCCCGAAAGCUCGUCUGCCUCUACCGAGCAUCCAGUCUCCUGCCUCGUCACCUUUCCACCUUCAGAAUUGACCCGGAAGCAAGAAUCAUCAUUAUCUGUUGAUGCAACACCGAAAAACACAACUGCCUGUGGCCCUGCCUUAAAAUCGCCAUCCAGUGGGACAAAAAAUACCAGUUCACUCGGUUUGUGUGUUGGAGUGCAAAGACGAAAAGUUUUUUGCUUCUCUCCAUGGAAAGCGGAUCUUUGCAAAUCGGCCUACUAUUGCGCUAAUGAUACUGACGAUUCGGGCGAUACCAAGUGCCCUCCUCAUACGAGUCCCAGUGCUGUACAGGCUUUGUCCAGAAAAUCAGAGAUGCCUUGUUCCUUCCAACCUAGAAAGCAAGUCCCUCCAUUUUCGUCCAUUCUGUCGCCAAAUUUGUUGAAAUCCCGAUCGCCAAAAUUUUCAAUGCCCAGUUUCCUGCCCACUAACAGACACUCACGGUCUAAUUAUCCUCGCAGUAUCCAACACUCUUCUGGCACUGGAAAUGCCACCCAAUCUGUUUGUGGUGUUUUGGUGGAUCAAACACGAGGCAUCCAAUCGCAAACCUGUAGACUUGAGGGACCGCACAGGCCUUCUCCACCGCAGGCAGUUGAGGUAACUGCAAUUAACUGUCGUAGAUCGAAUCUAGCUUCUCGUGCAAGCAGCAUAUUUUCAGCUUCCGCCUUAGGAGGGAUAGGCUCUGUUCUCGUUGGCAGAGGAGGUGUUAUGAAGAAGAAAGUACUUGCAAGUCCGCCAUUCAUCUCUUCGUUGCGAAAUCACACCCGACUUCCACGUUUCGGCUAUGGCAGUACUUCCUUGCCCUCAUGUUCUAAUGUUGGCGCUUCUGUUGGUGUCACUUUGGGGAGCUUUGGCGGUGAACUUAUUGACUCCCGGAGAAAACUAUCUCCAGUGCCUCAGGGCGAAACGACUGGUAGACUCGGAUUCCUGCAAAACUGCGGUAAGUCGAGGUGA